GUCUUACUUCAACAGUCAUUGAAAUCUUUGCCGCCGUAGAGAACAAGAAAAUUACUAGUUAACGUCUUUUUUUACAAUUUUUUUGAGUUUCUAGAGAGAUAAUCGUUUUUACAAUAGAUAUUCACUAAGAUGGCAGAUGUCGUUAUAAACGCCGAUAACAAAAAUCCAAAAGAAUUAUUCGGUCAAGGUGUACGAGCCUACGUCCUUCAAGAUUAUUCGGCGGCCGUGGCGGCGUUGGGCAAAGCGAGCGAACUCCUGGUGAUCGAACAUGGCGACGAUCUCCACGAAUCCUUAGGAGAAGUUUAUCUUUAUUACGGAAAAUCGUUACUUGGUCUAUCCAGAGAGGAAUCCGAACCUCUUGGGGACGCCGUACCUCGCAACGACGAAUCGUCCGAAGAAGAAAACGUCGAAGAAACAGAAGAAAACGAAGAAUCCGCAACCAAAGAAGAUAAUGAAUCGGCAACCGAAGGAGAUAACGAAAAAGUUAACGAAGAAGAUAAAUCCGGGGCGGGCGAAGGUUCGUCGACGAAAGAACCUGGAGACCACGAAGACGAUCCGAGCGAUCUCCAAUUGGCUUGGGAGGUGCUGGAAUUGGCGAAGAAGAUUUUCCAGCGACAAGGGGAAGCGGCGAAGAAGAAUUUGGCGGAAACGUUGGCGGUAUUGGGGGAAGUUUCGUUGGAAAGCGAAAAUUUCGAAUCGGCCGUUAACGAUAUUAGCGAAGGAUUGAAAAUCCAGCAGGAAUUGUUCGAUGAGGAUUCGAGGACCGUGGCGGAAACUUACUACAAAUUGGGGGUGGCUUAUUCGACCGGCGGGCGAAUAGAUGCGGCCAUUAACAGUUUUAAUAAUUCUUUGGAUUAUUUGAACAGGAGGAUUUCGAGUUUGGGCGAAUUGGUAGAUAAAAAUAAAGGAAUCGACGAUGAAAUUAACGAGAUUAAGAAUUUGAUACCGGAGAUAGAAGAGAAGAUAGCGGAUAUGAGAACGUAUAAAGACGAGGCAAUGACAAACAUUUUUACGGCCCUAAAAGAUGGACCGAAAAACGAAUCUUCGACUUCGUCAUCGAAUUCAUCGAAACCGAUUACUGAUAUAUCUCAUUUGGUUAAAAGGAAACGGAAAGCCGACGAAAUCGAUAAGGAUACGACGGUCGAAGAACAACCCGCCAAAAAAACUAACCUUUAAAAAUAAAUCGGUUUAAAUACUAAAUUUUUUUGAUUCCCCCUCGUAUUCUAACACCAACUUCAAUUAACGGCCAUCUAGUUUAUCGGGACAGUUUCUUCCAUCUCUAUCCAUCCAAAAAUUCCCCUCAAAUUAAAUUGCUUUUAUACAGAUUGUCCCAUUUUUUUCAUGAUUAAUUUCAGAGGUUUUACGAGGGUUCGUAAGUAGGUUUUGUUUUUAUUAAUUGAAUUUUAAAUUUGAGGUUAUUCAAUGACUGUUAGAGGUUUGUUGAUUGAAUUAUAUAUUUAUUUUAAUAGAAAACGGUUCUGCUUCUUUCAAUAAGGUGUACAAUAAAAGAAGACUGGUCGAUUUUAUCUUUUUAGGAUCUAUAAUUGAUAGAACUAUAUUAUUUCGCACUAUAUGUUUUAUAGAAUUGAAAAAAAAAUGUUUUUAAUAACAAAAA